AUGCGCUACGCUUUUGCUUACGCUGCCCUCGUCUCCACGGCUUCGGCCCACGGAGUUGUCACCAUGAUCAAGGGUGACAACGGCGUCAUGAUGCCGGGUCUCAGCAUCGUUGAUGGUACUCCCCGUGACUGCUCCUCCAACGGCUGUGGCUCGCAGGCCGACACCUCCAUCAUCCGCAACCGUGACAUGCAACAGAACCCUCUUGGCAAGACCCAGGGCACUGGCCCCGUCGACGCCUCCGUCAAUGUGGCGCGCUUCAUGGGCAGCAGCCAGGCCGCGCCCAAGAACAAUGGAGCCUCGGGCGCCGUCGGCAAGGAGGACGACCUGUCUGGCUUGCCCGCUGGCGCGGCAAAGCGCCACGAGGAGCGCAGGCGCCAGCUUAGCAAGCUCUUUGGCGGUGGCGGCGGUGCUGCUGGCGGUCUCGGUGCCCUCCUCGGCGGCGGUGGCGGUGCUGGUGGCAACAAAAACGGCGGUGCUGCUGGCGGUCUCGGUGCCCUCCUCGGCGGCGGCGGCGGCGGUGCUGCCGGCACCAAAAGCAACGUUGCCGCCGAGACCAUGGUCGCCGACACGGCCGGCAUGGGCAACAGCCAGGGCAUGCCCACCGCGGACAGCAACGGCGUCGUCAGCAUGGUAUACCGCCAGAUCAACCAGGACGGCGCCGGCCCCCUGACGGCCAUGGUCGACGGCACCUCGGGCGGCACCGACAACAGCGCUUUCCAAAAGGCCGAGGUCACCCAGGACGUCCCCGGUCUCGGCAUCGGCGGCCUCUCACUCGCCACCAACACUGACUUCCCUCUGAAGGUUCAGAUGCCCGCCGGCAUGACCUGCGAGGGCACCGUCGGCGGCGUCAAGAACGUCUGCAUCGUCCGCGUCCGCAACAGCGCCGCUGCAGGCCCCUUUGGCGGCUCCGCUGCCUUUACCCAAAACGCCACAGCCCGUAAGCGCGCCAUCGCCUACCGCCUCAAGAAGCGCAUGGAGAUUGCCCGCGAGGCCGUUCCCGAGCCCGACUACACCGAGGCUGACGAGGAGGAGGAGAUUGAUGAUGAGCACUUGGAUUAG